CCGUUGCGCGACUGGGUUCACGUUUUGUAGUCGUGAGCCCAGCGCUGGUGUGGCGUCCAGCUUCCGAUUCUGUGCGACGGAAGUGACGCGCUGCAGCACGCCAAGCGCAGAGCUGAGGGCAAGAUGUUUUUCGUCUUGUGUCCACCCGCGGCUGGGGCUGCCCGGGCGUUCAGGCUUGUGGGCUGGGCUUCGCGAAGCCUGCAUGUACCGCCUAGUGGCCCGGCUCGCGGCCAGUCUUCGGCUGAGCAGGAGGAAGAACCCAACCGUCCCAUUCACUUUUCCUCCAGCAAAGCCAACCCGUCUCGUUGGACGGUGGAGGAUUCCCUUGGAAAGGUGCAGCAGCGGCCCUGGUGGAAAGUGCUGCCCCUAAGCGUUUCUCUUAUGGCUGUAAUCAUGUGGUGCUACCUCAGAGAGGAGAGCGAAGCGGACCAGUGGUUGAAACAAGUUUUGGGAGAAGAGCCAGAGCCCAGUGAUCAUCCUGAGGAGCCUGGAACAACUGCUGCCUUUGGGGCAAGAACUUAACAAGACGGCCUAUGCGGCCAGCAGGAAGGAAACAACCGACUGCCCUUCGAAGUUAUUUGACUUCGCGUUUGACGGUUUUUGUCCUGGUUGUGCGUGUAACUUCCGCCCUAAAGGACUUAGUUGAUGCACUUGGCACUUAUAUGCCUGAAAGCAGAGCAGAAAGGCAGCAGCUGGUAAUCUUGCUUGACACCAGUGCCGAAAAGACUUUUUAGAACCAUAAAAUAGGUUCUGGUUGCACUGUACGUUGUUUUUUGUGAUAUCUUUGUACAGCCUAAUCAUGUUUCCAAAGCUGUUCUGGUGACACUUGUAAUCGUGUUAAUUUGCAGAUCAUUUGCUUUCCAAGACAAUAACUGGGCAGAUGAAUUAAACUUUAUAAUAUACCAUGUUGGGUAUAAGUAACAGUUGAUGUCAGUUUUCAAGAUAGAAUAACUGGCAGAUGUGUUAAACUUUAUAAUGUGUUGUAUUGGGUAUAAAUAACAAUUGAUGUUAGUUUAUUAACUGAAAAUACAUUUUGAUAAGGUUGAA